CUGUGCACUGUGCAGCCGCGACGUCUUAACUCACUCAGCUAGCUCGUUCAACUUCAUACGUUUUGCCGUUUUGAGAUCAUGCUUCUCAGUCAUCACUGCGGAAUUCAAACUGGCCACGGAAGAAUAAGUGGAAAAAGUAGGGCGGAUUUUGAGUGCAUAGAGGUCUGAUCCAGACGAUAAAAUUUAUUAUGGCGCCUACGUAAUCCUGUGCCUUAAACGACAGAAUCUAAGGAUUUGGAUUUGGGUCAUUCUCUCUCUGCCUGUGGCGUUACGGAAUUAUUCUGUAUAUAUAUGGCAACAGUCCCAUUGAUUCGCGCGCAGUGUGGUUAUCCUCCUCGAAUUGUUUGUCGCAAAAAUGUCUGUCAACAAGGACCUAUAGGAUCGUCUUCGCAUGGAUCAUCUUCGUCCUCGCCGUGUUGUUCUUCUUCCUCACCUUCCAACUCCGAUUUGAGUUUCCCUUCUGGCACAAACAGUGGACAGAGACACCAGGGCCUUCGAGCUCAAAGUAUGAGUACCACCACCCAGGGAAAGUCUCUAGACAGAAGCAUUGGGAAUUCAAAGAAUGACCCUGAUCAUCUUCUUGUUCUUGUUCAUGGAAUCUUGGCCAGUCCAAGUGACUGGAUUUACGCAGAAGCAGAAUUGAAAAGGCGUCUUGGGAAAAACUUUUUAAUUUAUGUGAGUUCAUCAAACACUUACACUAAGACAUUUACUGGAAUAGAUGGAGCUGGCAAGAGAUUGGCUGAUGAAGUCAUGCAGGUUGUAGAAAAGACCAAGACUCUGAAAAGAAUUUCCUUUCUGGCCCAUUCUCUAGGUGGCCUGUUUGCUAGAUAUGCCAUUGCUGUUCUUUAUUCACCCGAUGCCAAUAAUUGUGACCAACAUGAUGAUCUAGAAAACUGCAAGACGGAGAGUUCACAGAGGAAAGGCUUUUCAAGGGGAAGGUUGAUUGCUGGAUUAGAGCCAAUCAAUUUCAUAACCUUAGCAACUCCACAUCUUGGUGUCAGGGGAAAAAAUCAGCUUCCAUUUCUUUUGGGUGUCCCAAUCCUAGAAAAGCUUGCUGCUCCAAUAGCUCCAAUUUUUGUUGGACGGACUGGUAGUCAGCUGUUCCUUACUGAUGGUAAACCAAAUAGACCACCUCUUCUUUUGAGAAUGGCUUCUGAUUGUGAAGGUGGAAAAUUUAUAUCUGCACUUGGAUCCUUUAGAUGUCGCAUUGUUUAUGCUAAUGUAUCUUAUGAUCAUAUGGUUGGGUGGCGCACAUCUUCUAUAAGGAGGGAAACGGAACUUGGUAAGCCUCCUCGCCGAUCUUUGGUUGGAUACAAGCAUGUUGUUGACGUGGAAUACUGCCCUCCAGUACCUUCUGAUGGCCCUCAAUUUCCUCUGGAGGCGGUAAAAGCAAAGGAGGCAGUGCAAAAUGCACCAAGUACCCAGAAUACUGUGGAAUAUCAUGAAAUUAUGGAAGAGGAAAUGAUACGUGGUUUACAGAAGUUGGGAUGGAAAAAAGUUGAUGUCAGCUUUCACUCAGCAUUUUGGCCUUUCUUUGCUCAUAACAACAUUCAUGUGAAAAAUGAAUGGCUUCACAAUGCAGGGGCAGGAGUGAUUGCUCAUGUUGCUGACAGCUUAACUCACCAGGAAACAUCCUCAAUUUUGGCUGCUAGCUUGUAACUAGUAUCUGUCAAUUCACUAUGCUUAAGACAUAGCUAAUUGCAGUAAAAAGUAUGGAAAUAAUGUGGCUGCUAUCUUUUGACUAAUUGCAUUAUGAUGUUGGGAAGUAAUCAUUCUUUCAUAAUGGGCCAUUAAGAAAAUUCUACACAUCUUGCAUGAUAAUUGAAUGAAUUCAGCGUAUAUGCUUUUUGCUCAAGCAUAUAGUAGGAAUUAGAAGUUUAUUGUAAUGAAACUGUACCUCACAUCAACUGUAUCAUAUUUGUCUUGGUUAUGUAGAAGAAUCCUUCGUGUACAUAUAUAAUUGGGAUGUUAAGUUUGUUUUGGUAGGGUUUUAUGCCUAAAUUUAAAUACAAUGAGACGUGUUUCUUGUUGCAUUAGUCA